GUGUUUUUUCAGCGUUCAUACGACAAGGUGAUAAAGUAUCUCAUUCAAAGCAUAUACCGAAAAGAAUAACUGAAAUGUUGAAUCGAAUAACUGAAAAACAAGAUCUUGUGGAACUUUGCAAAAAUCAAGCCGAUACGUGCAAGGAAUAUGUGUGCAAAAUGAGAAAGCAUGAAGUUUUUGACCCAUGUAUGGGUAACUGUGAGAAAUCAUGUUUAACUCAGUAUGCAUUAAAAUGCGCCCCAGAAUGUGUUCCCAGCUGUAUAUGUGAAGCUGGCUACGUUCGAGAAGGUGGGCAGUGUAUACCAGUUGUCCAAUGUGUAGAUCGCAUCUUCGACUAUAGGGUUUAUAAGGACAAGGAAAUAGUUACGUUUCCUCCAAAUAAAAGGAUAUAUCCCUAUUUUCCGAAAUUGAGAUUUACUUUUAAGACUGAAAAACAUGAUUCGAAUAAAGCAGUUGCUACGACGAAACGUCGGUUUAAAACGGCUACUUUUGAAUCUUUACUAAAUGCUGCAUGGAAAAAACAUCAACAAAUUGAAAAACUAAAAUAUUAUUCUUCUUAG